AUGUUUUUUUUGAAAGAUUUAUCACUAAACCUAACGUUGCACCCUUCAUAUUUCGGUCCACAAAUGGACCAAUUUUUAAGAGAUAAACUAUUAAGUGAUGUCGAGGGUACAUGCACAGGCCAGUUUGGAUACAUUGUUUGUGUGCUAGAUUCUAUGAAUAUUGAUGUUGGUAAAGGAAGAAUAAUUCCCACAACUGGAAUGGCCGAAUUCGAAGUGAAAUACCGGGCUGUUGUUUGGAAACCAUUCAAGGGAGAAGUCGUCGAUGGUGUUGUAACAACAGUGAACAAAAUGGGAUUCUUUGCAGAUGUGGGACCAUUGUCAGUCUUUGUUAGUACCCAUCUAAUACCUUCAGAUAUGAAGUUCAAUCCGUCCGCCAAUCCACCAGCUUAUUCCAGUCCUGAUGAAAAUAUAGAAAAGGGAUCAAAGGUUAGGUUGAAGAUUGUAGGGACAAGAACAGAUGUUAACGAGAUAUAUGCGAUUGGGAGUAUUAAGGAGGAUUAUCUAGGACCAAGUCCAUUGUGA